AUGCCAGGGCGAGAUCACCUACCGUCGACGUCAGAUGGUGACCUGUAUGAAGUCGAGAGCAUUAUGGGUUAUAGAUACAAUAAAACAUUGACACGAAGUGAAUUUCUAAUAAAGUGGAAGGGGUAUCCCAUUGACGAAGCGUCAUGGCAACCAAUGGCGGAUUUGAUCAGUUGCCAGAGUUCAGUUGCAGAAUUUCUUCGUGAUUCUCUAAGACCAGCAUGCAAAGAUAAAAGUUUGCCUGUGCCUUAUUGGGAUGACGAGUUGGACGAGCUGCCGUCAACAUGGAAUGGUACAGAGGAAGAGAUGAAAAAACUGGUGUUCCCCAAAAGCUGGAAGAGUGGUAUAGCAAAAGGAUGGAAACCAAAACGCAUAAUUGGUUCACAUCUCACAACAAAGCCGCACACGUAUUGCGUAGAAUAUGAGGGUCGACGUUUGAAAGAACACAUCGACGGUGAAUAUUUGUAUGAACGAUAUCGUGAGCUGGUCGAAGAAUAUCACAGCAAGUUCGAUGAUCUACCAAUCCCGUUCGAGAAACGCGCCUCUUCUCGUGGAACGAGUCAUCAUAGAAAGCGUGGCAACGACGGGCAUCGACAUCGGAAGAAGUGA